CACAAGAGAAGAGAGCAGCUAGAAAAAAAUUUUAAUAAAGUAAAAAAAAAAAGAAAAACAAAUUGGUCUCCCUUUUGAAAGCUCGGAAUCCCAUCUCAAUGGCGAUGUGGAGCAGCUGGAGCACCUGAGCAGCGGUGGUGGAGUACAGGCAGGCAGGCAGGCAGGCAGCUCCCCCCACCACGUCUUGGAUUCCCGGCGGGCGGGUGGGGAGGGGGGGUCGGGGCGGCGGCGGUUGGGCCACCGCGGCUGGGGAGGGAGGGGCGGCGAGCGAUGGUGGGCGGAGGAGGCGGAGGGCCGCUGCGGCGGGUGGGGAAGUACGAGGUGGGGCGGACGAUCGGGGAGGGGACGUUCGCCAAGGUCAAGUUCGCGCAGAACACGGAGACCGGGGAGAGCGUCGCCAUGAAGGUGGUCGACCGCUCCUCCAUCCUCAAGCACAAGAUGGCGGAUCAGAUUAAGAGAGAGAUAUCCAUAAUGAAGCUUGUGCGGCAUCCAAAUGUGGUCAGGCUACAUGAAGUUUUGGCAAGCCGGAAGAAGAUAUUUAUAAUCUUGGAGUUCAUCACUGGUGGUGAACUAUUUGAUAAAAUUAUUCGUCAUGGAAGACUCGGUGAAGCUGAUGCACGUAGAUACUUUCAGCAGCUCAUUGAUGGCGUUGAUUUUUGCCACAGCAAAGGAGUCUACCAUCGAGAUUUAAAGCCUGAAAAUCUCCUCCUUGACUCACAAGGUAAUCUUAAAAUUUCAGACUUUGGACUCAGCGCCUGGCCUGCCCAGGGUGGUGCCCUUUUGCGUACUACUUGUGGAACCCCAAACUAUGUUGCCCCAGAGGUUCUCAGUCAUAAAGGAUAUGAUGGAGCACUUGCUGAUACAUGGUCAUGUGGAGUUAUUCUGUAUGUCUUGUUGGCUGGUUAUCUUCCAUUUGAUGAAGUUGAUUUGACUACUCUUUAUGGGAAGAUAGAGAGUGCCGAAUAUUCAUUCCCAGCUUGGUUUCCGAGUGGUGCAAAGUCACUCAUUCGCCGGAUUCUUGAUCCUAAUCCAGAUAAACGAAUCAGGAUAGAAGAUAUCAGAAAUGAUGAGUGGUUUAAGAAGAAUUAUGAGCCUGUUAGAGAAGUGACAAAUGAAGAAAUUAAUCUUGAUGAUGUUAAUGCAGCUUUUGAUGACCCUGAGGAGGACACUGAACAUACUUAUGAUGACAAAGCAGGACCUUUGACACUCAAUGCUUUUGACCUAAUCAUUCUAUCUCAAGGUUUGAACCUGGCAGCCCUAUUUGAUCGCCGACAGGACUAUGACAAACUUCAAAAUAGAUUUUUAUCAUGCAAACCAGCAAGGGUUAUUAUGUCAAGCAUGGAGGUUGUUGCUCAGUCAAUGGGGUUUAAGACGCACAUUCGCAAUUAUAAGAUGAGGGUGGAAGGUCUAAAUACGAACAAGACAAGUCAUCUCACAAUUAUGAUUGAAAUUUUUGAAGUCGCACCAUCAAUCUUCAUGGUUGAACUUCAAAGAGCAGCUGGAGACACUUCAGAGUAUAACAAGAUUAUAAAUAAUUACUGCAGCAAAUUAGACGAUAUUAUUUGGAAUAUUCCUAUUGAGAAGAGCAAAUCAAGGAUAUCACGGCUAUCGAAGCGCUAGUCUGCUCUCGACACCUAAUAUUUGUACUGUGUGUAAUCUAAUGCUAUGGAGCAUGAAUGACAUAUCUUGGGCUUGUGAGUGGAUGUAUUUGUGGAUAUUUGUCAACUCAAUUCAUCUCUGAUAUUUUAGCUGUAGGAGAUGACCUUUGAGUAGUGUACCAAGACAGUAAAUAGUCUCCAUGUAGAAAGCUCCUACGUAAUGAGGUUUAGGCAUCUCAGUUUCUCUGUACAAUAUUUUCAACGAUGUAUUAAACAGUUUUAACUGACUGCCACUCAUGACUCACCUAUUUGCGUUGUAGUUUGUGUUUGUCUCAAGAUAACAAUUUACAUCAGUAUGAAUGUAAUCCCGUCCAGGUUGGCUAAACAGCCAUUACGCCGUUGUUGGCUGCAUUGUA